GAUACAUGAUUGACUGAGUCUAUGUCCAUGGCACGAGAAAGUGGGGUGAGUCCUACAACAGACUGGUCAGUACACAUGUUGCAUGUCGCCUCGGUGGAGGGAUACGCUACUGAGCGCUGGACUGCUUAUAGUAACAACUACGUCUACAGACAGUGUAGUUUUUUUUCGAUCGAAAACAAACAAUUUUUUACAGAGUUUUAUCAAUUUUUGUAGGCACAUUUUGAACAAUUUGAAUUUGGAUUGUGUGUGAUAAUAUUAAUGAUUAUCAUUCUGAGGGCAAGUGGUGCUUUAUUGUGAUCUUGCAUUCUUGGCUCGCUUGGCUUCUAGCUGCCCUGUGGAGCGAUAGGUCAGCAUUGAAAACCAUUGUUGAUAAGAAUGAGGUUAUUUCUUGCUUGCGACUGUCGAAUAUCUGGUCCACUGCUAGUCACUGGGGGACAGUAGGCUUUGACUUGGUCAUCAUCAAUAGUGUUGUAGAUCCGCCGAGUAUCCCAUAUCGAAUCCUCCAAAGGACAUUCACCAUUGGAAAGAAAUAGUAGUGUUUGUUGCGUCAGCUGACUGAAGUACAGUAAUGUGGAAUGGAUCCAGAGGAACACAAAUGCACCAGCUCAGACGAGGGUGAAGGUGACGUGCAGGUGUUUACUAGUGACAACCCGCAGUCUCCUGGUGCCUACGCAGUGUUCGGUGACAAGUCCACCUCUGAUGUCAGCGAUGAUGUCUAUGACUCUAGAGAAAGUGAAGUCGGUGCCAGUGACCCAGAGAACGCCUCCUUGUUGAGCAUAGGCGACGAUCACGAUGCACCGUCAUCGUGCGUUAGCAGUCCAGGACGCUCGCAAUCACCACGCAGUCCGGGAACGCGGGUGAGCGCUAUGCCGGCUGCUGUGCAUGAAGGUGUGCGUGACCUGGCGCUGGACAGUCACGACUCGCCCAUGAUGGUAGACCAUGGCAGCUUGAGCGACUCUGAUCACCAUCCCGAUAACGAUAAGCCAGCCGAUGUCGGCAACACCGAUGGUGAUGAUGAUGAUGAUGACGAUGAUUCACCCGGGGAUAAGUUCUACUGUACGUGCCGUCAGCCUGCUAGCGAAGUCGACGACAGGCUAAUGAUUUGCUGUGACCAAUGUUCCGACUGGUUCCACGGUGAUUGUGUCGGCAUCUCAGCCAAGAAAGCUAAGAAUGUGGAGAUAUUCUUCUGCCCACCUUGCCGCGAGUCGAAUCCAUCCCUGGAGAUAGUGUACCGUCCGCAAAAGGUCAAAAAGAAAGAUGUGCCCCGCAAACGCUCCAGCCGUAUGUGCGGAGAAUGCGAAGCCUGCAUGCGGCCGGACUGUGGAAAGUGCCGCUUUUGUGUUGAUAUGAGGAAGUUUGGUGGACCCAACAAGCUCCGGCAAAAGUGCAUGUAUCGGCGUUGCCUCAAUCUUUCCAAGCCUAUUUCCGACACUCAGCUUGCACUCGAAUCAGCCUGGGCAAAGAAGCACCCAGAGGGCGUGGAUGGCAUGGAUUUCAUUGAUUUCCCUCAAAAGCCGAGAAAAGCCAAAGCUGAGAGGGAGGCUGCUCGAGCUGCCAAGGAGGAGGAACGAGCCAGGAAAAAGGCCGAGAAAGCGGAAAAGAAAGCCAAGAAAGCGCUGGAAAAGAUUUCUGGCAAGAAGGAGCGCUCCACAAAGACAAAGCACCGCACCUCGAGCUCUAGCUCGAUGAAGUUGCACUCGGAUCGCAACGACCCGUACCGUGGUGUUCAGCAGUGUUGGGGACCGCAGUGUACGUACUCCUCACGGCCUGCAUCUAAGUACUGCUCGGACGAGUGUGGUCAGGCCCUAGCCAUGAAGCGGUUGAAGCGGUAUCUACCGGAACGGUUUGCACUCUGGUCGGAAGGAGGUCCUAGCAAAAGUCAUGUCUCCCUCAAGGCCAGUAUCAUCAGCUUGGAGCGGCAGGAGGUGGAAAUGCAAGAGAAGAUUGCCGUCUUCAAGGAGCGUAGCGAGAAACUCGAAGCCAUCAUUGAGCACUCCCGCUCGCUGGUGGCUGACUCAGAGGAGGAGCUGGCAGAUUUUGAGCAGGAUGUAGACGUGGACCUCCAAAUUGACUGUGUGUGCUGUGGACACCCUACCAAUUUCCGGCGAGCCCUGCAGCACAUGGAGCGAUGUUAUAGUAGGAUUGAAGGCCUCAUGUCCUUUGGCUCUGUGUUUCAGACCAAGUCAGAAGGUGUGAACAUCUUCUGCGACGUCCUCAGCCAGGGGCAGUACUGUAAACGUCUGCGCGUUCUGUGUCCGGAUCAUUACAAAGGCCCAAAGGUUGGCCAGGAUGAUGUGUGCGGAUGUCCACUGACACAGGACGUGUUUGAUGAGAACUGCGCACAUUGCCUCAUUCCCAAGCGCCUGUGUCAGAACCAUGUCAGCUGGGAGCGACUGCGCCAGGCCAAUCUCGACAUGGAACGGCUCAACUAUCUAUUGAAGUUAGAGGAGGUGCAAGAGCAGUUGCACAUAGUGCGAGAGCAAGUGAGAGCAGGUGGCCACGUCAUCGGGCAGAUGCUGCAUGCCACCGUCCCGCAUGCUGCCGAUGGCUCCAGGGACAACUACUCUCUUGUACACGGUUUCCCCGCUGACAAAGCAACAGAAAUGGACGUGGACACGGAUGAUGUUGAUGUGGUCACGCCGUGCGAUGAUGCGGUCGCUGUGAAGCUAGAGCCUCAGCACUCGUCCUGUCCUGCAGAGCCCCCAGUGCAAACUGCAGAGCCCCCAGGGCAAACAGCAGAGAUAGAACACGAUGCAAUCAAGACUGAGGAUGUCCCAGCGCAAUCGCCACACCCCACCUCCACUGGUGAGCCAAUGGACAUUGAGGACGGCUGCCGGGCAAGUGAUGGAAUGGACGAAAUCCAAGCUAGUACAGACAAGAUAGCUGCUGCCGUUGCCUCAACAGGUGAAGGUGACACACCUAGUGAUCAGCAAUCUAUUGCUAAUCUCUCCACCCAGGCAUCACAAGCCUCCUCACCAGCCUCCACCACGGCAGAGACUAAACCAUCAACAGCUGGGAGUACCGAAGAUGGUGAGACGUAACAUGUGUCGCAAGUAUAUGGGCGCUGUGUCUCGAUUAUCCUCCGCAUGUUUCGCGUCCAUGACCGCUGUAGGCUGGUGUAUGUUGUUCUACUGCACAUAUGUACAUAGUGUGAAUAGUUUUAUGUUUUUUUGGGAGAUCAUUGCAUUCCUUUGAAAUUCUACACCGCACAAGUCCAUCUGUGAUUUCAGCUUUUCUCUCCUUGUAUAUAUAGUGUGCAUGUCCGUCCCCUGUGCAAGUUUACAGUGGAUGGCAGACAUUCUGCUGCCUGCGCCAACCAAGCACGCACUCUCGUAUCGGGCGUGUUGAGGCGCCAUGCACCAUCAUCCCGCUACCAGGUUAUGCCAUGCCCCCCCCCCCCCC